CACGCGUACUUACUGCAUCUUUGUCGGCAGUCGGCAUGUUGUCUACAUUUCUUAAAGGGGUUAUGUAUAUGUUAAUAACAACGACGUUUAAUAAUAAACAUCUACAAGUGAAUGCCAUGGAUAAACGAGUUUUUAAGACUCAUCCUUAACAAUGGACUUUGGAGAAGAGCAUCCCACAAUUUUUGGACCACAAUUCAAACAUGGUGACGGUGAUGCUAGACAAAAUGCGAUAUGUUGGGAGAAUCUAGUACAAUCAUUGAAUUCGAUGGAAUUUGGGCUUAGGAGUUUGGAGAAAUGGAAAACGGUUUGGUUUUUAAAUCAUGACCGUAUAUAUUUAUCUAUAUCGCUCUUGUUGCACAAAUUAUAGACAGUAGUUUACAACUUAGGUUUACUAUAUACAACUGGAAAAAACUUUUGAUUAUUCUAAAGUUCUUUGAGAAUUUGUAUUUUAAACCUUCAAAGCACAAACCAGCUUCAGCAGCU